GUUAUAAAUACACUACGUCCUCAUUGGACAUGCCCCUCUCCACCAUCUCUCUCUCCCUCCGUCGGUCGCCCUGUCACGCAACUCAACUCAUCCAUUUGCUUUAAAUGUUACGCUCACCGUAACACCAUGUUACUCCGCCCGUAAUCUUGGCGCCGGGUUUGUUAUUCAUCCAACGCUUCAGAAAUGGCCGCGAUACAAGGAGCCGGACCGUUUUCGCCGUCGCCGUUAGCCAAGUCAAGAUUUGCGAGGAUCGUACUGGAGACUAAUGCGACUAGAAUUGGCCUCCACGGCGUCGAUUUCAGAUCGAGCUUUCUUAAACCGAUCAAAGCAAUGGCGAACGACUGCGGCGCUGCCGUUUCUGGUAAGAAUCUGAGCCAGAUGGCGAAAACCGUAGGGAAGGCGACAAACAUUGUGUGGCACAAAUGUUCAGUGGACAAAUGUGACAGGCAACAGCUGCUUGAGCAAAAGGGAUGUGUGAUAUGGAUGACCGGUCUUAGUGGUUCAGGAAAAAGCACUCUGGCAUGUGCUUUGAGUCGAGGCUUGCACGCGAGAGGAAAGCUGACCUACAUUCUUGAUGGUGACAAUGUUCGGCAUGGUCUAAACAGUGAUCUUGGUUUUAAAGCAGAAGAUCGUGCAGAAAACAUACGAAGAAUUGGUGGGAAGAGAAGCUAA